UCUCCUCACAAAUCACCAAAGCUAUGAAAACAAACUAAAAAAACCCACAAAAUCCCCACUUCUUUGUCAUCUCAGUUGUUUUUUAGUGUUAAAAAGUUUUUGAGCAGAGGGUUUAUUUAGAGGUUUAAUAAGUUAAAUAUUUUAAGAAGAAUUAGAUGAUGAGGACUAAUUAUAUUGCUCAAGAAGCUCCAUUUCAUGUUGUUCAUAAACUUCCUCCUGGUGAUAGUCCUUAUGUCAGAGCCAAACAUGUUCAGCUAGUUCUGAAGGAUCCAGAAGCGGCCAUAGUUUUGUUUUGGAAGGCGAUAAAUGCCGGAGAUAGAGUCGAUAGCGCUCUCAAGGAUAUGGCGGUAGUUAUGAAACAGCAGGAUAGAGCAGAGGAAGCAAUUGAAGCUAUAAUAGCUUUUAGGGACCACUGCUCCAAGCAAGCCCAAGAAUCCUUAGACAAUGUUCUCAUUGACUUAUACAAGAAAUGUGGGAAAAUAGAUGAACAGAUAGAGUUGUUGAAGCAGAAGCUUCAUAUGAUUUAUGAUGGCGAAGCCUUCAAUGGGAAGCCUACUAAAACCGCUCGAUCACAUGGGAGGAAAUUUCAAGUUACAAUCAAGCAGGAGACUUCUAGGAUAUUGGGAAACUUAGGUUGGGCAUACAUGCAGCAAAAAAGCUAUUCGGCCGCAGAGGCUGUCUACCGAAAGGCUCAGUCCAUCGAUCCUGAUGCCAACAAAGCUUGCAACUUGUGCUUGUGCCUUAUGAAGCAGACUCAAUACGCUGAGGCACAUUCGGUCCUUGACGAUGUAUUGCAGGGUAAACUUUCAGGGUCCGAUGACCCAAAAUUAAAAAUCCGCGUGAAAGAGCUACUUGAUAAAUUACAGAAAUGCCAAUCCUCGCAGUUAAAUUCCAAACCAUCAGUGUUAAGUUUAGAAGAUGCUUUUGUUGAAGGGAUUGAUCAGUUAAUGAGCCAAUGGACUCCAUAUAGAACAAGAAGACUUCCCAUCUUUGAAGAAAUCACCCCUCAUAGAAAUCAGUUAGCCUGUUGACCACAUUGUAAAGUAUCACUUGUAAUUUUUGUUAUACACGGUGUGGACGCUACCAGAAGUGAGAUAAUUAGUUCACAGUUCCUUUCACUGUCUGUAACAAAUGAGCACUUGAAAGGAAUUGUAUAGUGUGUA